GCCCCAGACCGGAGCUGGGGGGGGGAGGUUUGCUCCGGAGCGUGUCCUGGAUGGACCCGUCCGCCCAUGUGAGGCCUCUCCCCCUUCCCCUGCAGGGGAUGGAGCCCCACGGGCCGCGCUGGCUGCAGAGCCUGGAGAAGCGGAGCCGCCUCCUGCUCCAUGCCCUGGCCUCCGGCUCCCAUGGAACCCUGGCUGCGCUCCGGAUGCUGCAGCGGGUCCAGCCCGGACAGGAACCGGGGCCCAUGUUCCCCUGGCAGAGCUUUACUGCAGCCCUGUGCGCCCAGGAGCCUGUGCUGGACGGGCCGGAGGGGGCCCUGGCUGUGAAGCCGCGGCUGCUGCUGCUCCCUGUUGUGUGCCAGAGAAACCUCCUCUCCCUGCUGCUCGUGGUGCAGGCUCUGGUGCCGGGGCCCUGCCUCGAUCAGCUGCUGCAGGCUCUGGAGCAGGAUUCCCAUGCGGAUCCCUGGGUGCAGGCGCUGGGGAAGCUGCUCCGGCAGGAAACCAGGGCAGCAGCGUGCUGCCCACCUCCUGCUCCCUUGUCUUCCAUGUGCCAGCAGCAGCUCAGGUGCCUGGGCCAGAGAAUUGGCCACAACAAUCCAGGGGGGCGAAGGAAACUGAAUUGGUGCUUCAGCAAACAGCCCAGUGGCACUGGGGAUGGGGCUGACUCCAUGCUUCAGGGUGGGAAGCACAAGGAAGCGUCAGAGGAGAGCCUGGGGUUGGAUGGGGAGAGAGAAGGGAAGAGGGUGCUGCUGGAGGAGGUGUUUGACCCCCUGGGGAUGCAGGAGGUUGGGGAUGUGGGGAUGGAAGAGGAGAUGCCAGGGGAGCCCUCAGGAGAUGGAUCUGCACAAAGCCCAUGUGGGGCUGCUCCCAAAGGCUCCCAGCAGGAAGCUCCCAGGAAGAUGUCCCAGGCAGAGGUGGCAGUGGAGGUCCAGUCCUUUCUCCAGCUGCAUGGACCAAGACUGAAGAUGCUGCUGCAGAAGGAGUCCAGUGUUUCCCUCCAGCACCCGGAUCUCAGCAUCCCUCCUGAGCUGCACAUCCUGAACAGCUGCUCUCCUGCCCAGCUCGAGGGGCUCUGCUCCUUCCUGCAGCUCCCCACGUGCCCGGAGCACCUCCUGCUGCGGUUCUGCAGCUGGUUGGUGGCUCUCAGCCCUGAGCUCAGCUACAGCAGCGCAGCCACCCUGGCACAGCAGCUCUUCCUCAGGCGAGUCCUGUCCCUCACCCAGCCGCCCUCCCGACACCUUAUGGCUGCCCUCACUUCGUUUUGCUCCAAGUAUUCCCAGCCCUUCUGUCGUGUCCUGGUGGCUGCGGUCCUGCAGGAGCCUGGGGAAGGUGCUGAGCAGACCAAGCUGGUGUGUGAGCUGGUGGAGGAGUGCCUGGAGCCGGACUCUGUGCGCCUGGUGCUGAGCCAGGUCUUGGAGGUGCCUUUGUCAGAGAAGCUGCUGCCGAUAGUUCAGGCCGUGCUGGGCCGGCAGGAGGAGCUGCCCCCAGAGCUCUUCGAUGUCCUGGUGCUGGCGCUGUGCCGGCAGGCCCCGGCCCUCGGCACGUCGCUGGCAUACACCAGGCUGGUGAUGGCCGUGCUCACCAUGUACCCCGACCAGGUGAGUGGGGCCGGGUGUGGGCACCGGGGUCUGUGGCAGUGCAGCUCCUGGCUCCUGUCCCCACAGGUCAGCCCGUGCCACCGGAGCAGCCUGGCUGCCGCGCUGGCCCACAGCAAUGCGGCUCUCCGGAGGUCACUGCAGGCGGUGCUGGAGGCAGGCAGGUGAGCACCAAAGAGAACCAUGAAGCGAUGGCUGCCUUGGGCAGAGCCUGCUGUUAGGCGGUGGUGGCUGCAGCCCAGUGCCUCCCUGGGCUCACAACCAGAGGGAUGGAGACCCAGCGUGUGUGGGUUGGGACCAGAGCACCACUGCCUUUGCCUGGGGCUUCGCAGUGGAGCCUUGUGCUUGGCCAGCCUAGGCUGAGGGGGGCUGUCACUGGGAAGCACCGUCCCAGCCCCACACAUGCCGUUAGGCUGGAAGAUGAAAGUUUCUUGGUUAAACAA